AUGGAGUUACCACUUCGGCGGGCGUGUUAUGGCAAUCCGGUAACCCAUACACUUGAGCCGUUGAGGUUCGAUCCGGAAUACGAAAUAUAUUUUCGUCAUCCCGCCUUUCCAGACUCUCAUGACAUCUUGAUCAUUAUUCCAGGUCUUGACCAUCCUGAUGGCGGAAUACACCACCAAACGGCGCUAGACGCGUGUGCGGUGCUCGCAAAUAAUCGAUAUGACGGAUGGUUCACCGAGGAUAGAGAGGGGACCGUUCGUGUCAAGAUCCCGCUCGAUGGCAUUCUCCAGAAGAAGAACUAUUACUUUCAGGUCUCCGAUAAUUACCAAGAUGUGUAUCCUAUUGUUCCAAGCUUCGAAGACUGGGCAUUUCCUCACGGCAAUCUUCCACGGGCAUGGAAUCUUGAUAUCCCCAGGACUGCAGAUCAUCCGACUCCAAGGCAGAGCACAUUGAUAGACGCAAUCCUCUCACGAGACAUCCGAUGUCGUGUGACAAAUCACAUCGAAGGAACGGAGUGUGCUCAUUUGAUCCCUCGAAAUCAAAGUAGUUGGUUUCAGAGAAACAUGAUGGCCCGAUAUGGGAAAACCCCUAGGCCAGGCUCAGAACCCAUCGACAAUCCUCGCAAUGUGAUUCUUCUACGGUCAGAUAUACACACAUCAUUCGACUACAGACGAUUCACAUUCGUUCCCAAGCCCCGGUGUACCGCUUCAACUGAUCUUAGAGAUGGGGGAAAUGAAGCCAGAGCAUAUGCUAUUCAUAUCUUUUGUUCUCCCGAUCCUCACGAACUGACAUCACUCUACCACAAUGUCACCCUACAACUUCUCACGGGCGUGGCUCCGGAGUACCUGUUCGCCCGUUUUGCGUGGACCAUCUUUCAGUUUAUCCCAAUUUUCGUCCAAGCUGGUGUACCACGUCGGAUCGCUCUGUACGAACCUGCUACGAGCUUGACGAGCUCUGUUCCGAGGACGGAACCUUUGAUUAAGACGCUUAGCGGAGAGGAAUGCCGCCUUUUGCCGCUUCAUAAUAAGUCAGGGAGCUCCAGCCCCAAGAAACGAAAGCCAGAAGACGAGGAGACCGGAAGUACAGACAUGAACUGUGAACGGGGCCGUCAGCACAUCAAUGGGGUCAUCAUUCGAAUCGGACGCGGCGACUGA